GGAUAUAAGAAAUACUAGCAGGUCUACCUUCCGUCUACGACAACCUGUAGUUUUGUUAGUGCCAUGGACGGCCGUUUAGAGACUGAUCUGUAUCCUCUGGGAUCCAGUUAUGUCACUGAAAUAGACAGUGUCCAUGAUAUAACGGUCGGCACAAAGAGAGGAUCUGACGAACUCUUUUCCUCCUGCAUAUCUAACGGACCUUAUAUAAUGAGCUCUGGAGCAGCAAAUGGUAAUGACAGCAAGAAGUUCAAAGGGGACAUCAGGAGCCCAGGCAUUCCUUCACGAGUCAUUCAUGUACGCAAACUGCCAAAUGACAUAAAUGAAGCAGAAGUUAUUUCUUUGGGUCUUCCUUUUGGCAAAGUGACCAAUCUUCUGAUGCUGAAAGGAAAGAACCAGGCCUUCCUGGAGAUGAACACUGAGGAGUCAGCACAGACCAUGGUCAGCUACUACUCCUCUGUCACCCCUGUCAUCCGCAACCACCCGAUCUAUAUGCAGUAUUCCAAUCACAAGGAGCUAAAGACUGACAACUCACCCAACCAAGUUAGAGCACAGGCAGCACUGCAGGCGGUGAAUGCGGUCCAGACAGGAAGCAUGUCUUUGAGCACUGUUGAUGGAGCAGGCAUGGGCAGCCAAAGCCCUGUACUAAGAGUCAUUGUUGAAAACCUCUUCUACCCAGUUACUCUUGAUGUUCUUCACCAGAUCUUCUCAAAGUUUGGCACAGUUUUGAAGAUUAUAACCUUUACCAAAAACAACCAGUUCCAAGCACUGGUCCAGUACUCAGACGGAAUGACCUCUCAGCAUGCAAAACUUUCUUUAGAUGGACAGAACAUCUACAAUGCCUGCUGUACCCUUCGCAUCAGUUUCUCUAAGCUCACCAGCUUGAAUGUUAAGUACAACAACGAUAAGAGCAGAGACUACACUCGCCCUGACUUACCUACAGGAGACAGUCAUCCUGCCCUCAAUGCACAGACGAUGGCUGCAGCUGCCUUGACUGCUCCUGGUAUCAUCUCUGCAUCACCAUAUGCUGGGGCUCAUGGUUUCCCACCAACAUUUGCCAUUCAGCAGGCAGCAGGUCUGUCUCUGCAGGGUAUGCCUGCCGGGGCUCUUGCAUCGCUCGGUGUCCACGGUGCCGCGGCGGCUGCUGCUGCAGCAGGACGCCUGAGUUUUUCUGGUCUCGCUGCUGGAGGAAACAGUGUCCUGCUGGUCAGCAACCUUAACCCUGAGGUUAGUCCCUUUUUUGAAUAGUUUAGAUUCGCUUAGCUGUUAGUUCAUUAGGCUCUGGUUUAUGUUUCAGUAAGCCAGACAUGAUUUCGGUUAGAACUGUAUAGUUGAUGGACAAAAAUAGAGAAAAGAAAAAGUGUUGGUGGGAAAUAAUUAGAUGGCAUCUAGUGAUUUAACAAAAUAAUUCUGGAGCUCUUCAAACCAUGUACUGUGCGUUUAUGACCGUGUGGAGGCUCGUUUGCUAUUAUAUAAACA